UUGCCUUGGUAGCGCUUGACGUAAGUGUCCCUUGCCCUGCCCCUGCUCGUCGGGCUGAUGAUCUGAGGGAAACCCCGUGGAUCGCGGAGCUAGACUGACAGAGCCGGAGUCAGCUGUGUGGCCAGCGCGAGGAGUCCUGCCGUAGCACGCACAGUACUGAGCAGCCAUGGACAAGAGCGAGCUGGUGCAGAAGGCCAAACUGGCAGAGCAGGCGGAGCGCUAUGACGAUAUGGCGGCCGCCAUGAAGGCGGUCACAGAACAGGGGGGCGAGCUGUCCAACGAGGAGCGCAACCUACUCUCUGUGGCCUACAAGAACGUGGUGGGAGCUCGUCGCUCUUCCUGGAGGGUCGUCUCCAGCAUCGAGCAGAAGACCGAGUCCAACGAGAAGAAGCAGCAGAUGACCAAGGAGUACCGGGAAAAGAUUGAAAAGGAGCUCAAGGAUAUUUGCGACGACGUCCUGGUUCUCCUGGACAAAUAUCUCAUCCCCACAGCAAGCCCUGCUGAGAGCAAAGUCUUCUACUUGAAAAUGAAGGGAGAUUAUUUCCGCUACUUAGCAGAGGUGGCCUUGGGAGAAGAGAAAUCCACCAUCAUCGGCAGCUCCCAGGAGGCCUAUCAGGCAGCGUUUGACAUCAGCAAGAGCGAGAUGCAGCCCACACACCCCAUCCGUUUGGGCCUGGCCCUCAACUUCUCAGUCUUCUACUAUGAGAUCCUCAACUCUCCUGAGCGAGCCUGUCAGCUGGCCAAAUCGGCUUUCGACGAGGCAAUAGCAGAGCUCGACACGCUGAAUGAGGAUUCGUAUAAAGAUAGCACUCUGAUCAUGCAGCUGCUGAGGGACAACUUGACACUGUGGACCUCAGACACCCAUGGGGAUGGCGACGAUAACGAGGAACGUCGGGACAACUGAUUGGCGACCAGCUCUCCAAUCCGCUCUACCUGUCAAUCAUCCCAGCUCAUCUUCAGCACUGAGACCACCUCCAUGACCUGCUUCUUUCUUUCACACUCUCACCAGCCUCUGUCUCGACUUUCUGUGUGUGCAGGGUGGUUGGUGUGCUGGGCCUGUGCGUACUUGAGGGGUU